AUGAUCGACGUGUUUGCAGUGCAGGUGUUCUUCAUCGUCUUCCGCGAGUGCCUGGAAGCCGUGAUCGUCGUGUCGGUCCUGCUGUCCUUCCUGAAACAAUGCCUGGGCCAACCGGGCAUGGACCUAGAGAUUCAUCGGCGACUGCGCAAGCAGGUCUGGUGGGGAUCCCUCUGCGGGGUGGUGGUGUGCCUGAUCAUCGGGGGUAUUUUUAUCGGCAUCUUCUACGGGCUGGGAAGCGACAUCUGGUCCAACUCGGAGGAUCUGUGGGAGGGAAUCUUCUACGUGAUCGCGACGGUGAUCGUGACGGUGAUGGGGCUGGCGCUGCUGAGGAUCAACAAGACGAAGCAAAAGUGGCGAGUCAAGAUCGCGCAGGCGCUGAUCGCCAAGAGCGAGGGCCGCACCCGCUGGCUGCGCGGCGACUGGGCUCGUCGGUAUGCCAUGUUCAUCCUACCUUUCAUCACCACAAUGCGCGAAGGAGUUGAGGCGGUCGUCUUCGUCGGCGGCGUCUCGCUGGGCUACCCCGCCACCGCGUUCCCCCUGCCCGUGGUCACGGGUCUCCUCGCCGGCCUCCUGGCUGGGUGGUGUAUUUACCGCGGUGGUAACGUCAUGUCUAUCCGUAUCUUCCUCAUCGCCUCCACCUGCGUCCUCUACCUGAUCGCCGCCGGUAUGUUCUCCAAGGCCGUCUGGAGUCUGCAGUUCAACGCCUUCCAGGUCAAAGUCGGCAGCGACGUGGCUGAGGAAGGCUCCGGGCCCGGCUCCUACAACAUCGCGGAGACCGUAUGGCAUGUCAACUGCUGCAACCCGGAGAUCGACAAUGGGUGGGACGUGUUUCAGGCAAUCCUGGGCUGGCAGAAUACCGGCACCUACGGGUCGGUGAUCAGCUAUAAUCUCUACUGGGUGUUCAUUAUGGUGUGUGUCUCAUGGCUGAUGUAUGAGGAACGGAAGGGCCAGAGGACGCUCGUGCACCGGUACUGGAGCUUCCUUGCCCGCGUCCCUGGAUUGAAGAGCUAUGCGGCUGGCAAGUUGUUGGAGAUGGAGGACUCGAAGGAGCAGGACCUGGUCCGACAGGUGCAGGCCUCGAUGUUUGUGGACGACGUGGUGCAGACUGUUCUGGAGCCAACUAAAUAA